CGGGGAAGAGGGGAGCCUGACAACUCGGAAAUUUGAAUACCACAGUAGCAUGGAGUGUGACCUCAUGGAGACUGACAUCUUGGAGUCGUUGGAAGAUCUCGGUUACAAGGGUCCAUUGUUAGAAGAUGGAGCUCUGUCUCAGGCUGUCACUGCUGGAGCCAGUUCCCCUGAGUUUACCAAACUCUGUGCUUGGUUGGUGUCUGAAUUUAGAGUGCUCUGUAAACUAGAGGAAAAUGUGCAAGCAACUAACAGCCCAAGUGAAGCUGAAGAAUUCCAGCUUGAGAUGAGUGGGCUACUAGGGGAGAUGAACUGUCCAUAUCUUUCACUGACAUCUGGGGAUGUGACCAAGCGCCUUCUCAUUCAGAAGAACUGCCUCCUUUUGCUCACAUACCUCAUCUCAGAACUAGAAGCUGCCAGAAUGCUCUGUGUGAAUACUCUUCCAAAAAAAGCUCAAGAAGGAGGCGGUAGUGAGGUCUUUCAAGAGUUGAAAGGCAUAUGUAUUGCUCUAGGAAUGUCCAAACCUCCAGCCAAUAUAACUAUGUUCCAAUUCUUCAGCGGGGUUGAAAAAAAAUUAAAGGAAACAUUAGCAAAAGUUCCACCUAAUCAUGUGGGAAAGCCUUUAUUGAAGAAGCCAAUGGGACCAGCCCACUGAGAAAAGAUAGAAGCAAUUAACCAAGUUGUGGCCAAUGAAUAUGAAGUUCGGAGAAAGCUGCUAAUAAAACGUUUGGACGUCACGGUCCAGUCUUUUGUCUGGUCUGACAGAGCUAAGAGUCAAACAGAAAAACUGGCGAAGGUUUACCAGCCAAAACGCUCAGUCUUAUCUCCUAAAAGUACUAUUUCUAUUGCCCACCUUUUGGCUGCAAGACAAGACUUGUCAAAGAUCUUAAGGACGAGCAGUGGCUCUAUAAGAGAAAAGACUGCCUGUGCCAUCAAUAAGGUGUUGAUGGGCAGAGUUCCUGACAGAGGAGGUAGGCCCAAUGAAAUCGAACCUCCACCCGCAGAGAUGCCACCAUGGCAGAAGAGGCAAGAUGGCCCCCAGCAACCAGCAGGAGGACGAGGAGGCGGGAGAGGGGGCUAUGAACAUUCCUCAUACGGAGGACGAGGAGGCCAUGAACAGCAAGCAGGAGGAAGAGGUGGACGCGGCGGCUACGACCACGGUGGCGGCCGCGGGGGAGGAAGAGGAAAUAAGCACCAAGGAGGCUGGACAGAUGGCGGGAGCGGGGGAGGGAGCGGGGGAGGGGGCGGCUACCAAGAAGGCGGUUAUCGAGAUUCGGGUUUCCAGCCCAGCGGCUAUCACGGUGGCCACAGUGGUGGCUAUCAGGGCGGUGGUUAUGGUGGCUUCCAGACAACUACAUACACAGGAAGUGGGUACCAGGGUGGUGGAUAUCAGCAGGACAAUAGAUACCAAGAUGGUGGGCAUCACAGUGAUCGAGGCGGGGGUCGUGGAGGGAGAGGGGGUCGUGGAGGCCGAGGCGGACGCGCUGGCCAAGGAGGAGGUUGGGGAGGAAGAGGGAGCCAGAAUUAUCAUCAAGGGGGGCAAUUUGAACAGCACUUCCAGCAUGGAGGUUACCAGUAUAAUCAUUCUGGAUUUGGACAGGGAAGACAUACUAGUUGAGGCUACAUAGAACCUUAC